GUGCUGUGGCCUAAAUUGUUAUUAAAUUUACUUAAAAUGGACAGUGAAGCAGAUGAUUAUGAGCUGACCGGCUCCGAGCAGGAGUAUGAUGAAGAUGAGCGCGAGAUCCUGGAAGACCUGCGCAAGCAGCGUAACAAGCGCAAGCAAGACGCAUCUGCACCACAGGAGAUUUUAGCAUUCAGCGAUGAAGAUGAGGAGGAGGAUGACAAUGUUGCUGACCUGAUGCGCGACAGCGACAUCGAAGGGGCCGACGAUGAUGAUGCCCACUUGCCUAACACCAUGGACUGGGGCACCAGGCGAAGCACCUACUACAACACAGACUUUGUGGACCCCGACUACAGCAGCUACAACGCCCAGGAGGAGGAGGAGGCUAAGGCCGAGGAAGAGGAGGCCAAAAAGAUUCAGCUGCGCCUGGCCAAGCGAUUUAGCGAGGCUGACUUCCAGCUAGACGAUGUGCCUGCUGCCAUCAGUGACGAAGAGGUGGACGGCGAUGUUGCCAAAUCUGGCAUCAAGGUUACCGCCGAUCUGACAGGUCUCACGGGGCGCGAGCGCCUGCAGCUGCUACAGAAGGACUCGCCCGAGUUCCUCGGCCUCACCCAGGACUUCCAUCUGCAUUUGGGCGAGGUUCAACAGCUGAUUACGCCCGUGCUCAACUACGUGCGCAACCAUCAAGUGCCCAUGGUGCCGGCCCUGGAGUUCGCCAGUGUCUACCACAACGUCCUGGCCACCUACUGCUCCAACGUGUCCUACUACCUGCUGCUCAAGGCCAGGCGCAGCAAUGUCAAGCUGCAUCCCGUGAUAAAACGUCUCGUGCAACUGAAGCAGCUGCGUGAGCAACUGACGUCACGCUAUGACACGUACAUCAAGCCCCAGCUGGAGGCCCUGCUCGAACGCAUCCAGGAUGGUGAUGCCUUCACAGUCCUCGAUGUGGCUCAGCGCAAGGCCAAACUACAGAUCCUCAACAAAUUCGAGCAGAGAAACGAAAAGGAGAACGGCACAGCGACAGCUGAAGACAUAAGUGGUGACAGCAGCGACGACGAAGACGCUCAGCUGAUGCCUGACCAACAGGACGAUGAUGAGGACCCUGAAGCCGAAGCUGUGCGCCGCGGCAUCACGUAUCAAAUGGCCAAAAACAAGGGACUCACCCCACAUCGCAAGAAGGAGCUGCGCAAUCCCCGUGUAAAGCAUCGCGGCAAAUACCGCAAGGCACUCAUCCGACGCAAGGGCGCCGUUCGUGCUGUACGCAAGGAGACGCAACGCUAUGGCGGCGAAAUGUCUGGCAUUAAGGCCACCGUAACCAAGAGCGUCAAAUUCCGCACAUAAAUAAAGAACAUGCCAUUGCUAUUCCACA